AUGGAAAUAAAGCUGGCGCUUGGGGAGUGUUCAGGCAGUUUCGACAUGGAGAAAGCAGUGUGUAAUCAUGGCUUGUUCAUGAUGUCUCCGAAUGUUUGGAUCCCUUCAACUAAAUCGCUUCGUCGUCCUCUUCGACUGGCGGACUUGAAUCGCUCCGUUUUAGUCACCAUCUCACACCCUCCCAACCAAUCUUUCCUUGUUAUACAAGUUGAUGCCUCUCUCUCUCCUCCUCUGCUGAUGAAGCAGCUAUAUUGCUGGAAAAGGACAUUAGACAUGGCUAAGGCUCUCUGCAAUCUUCAGCGAGAAAUAGCAUUGGAUAAUGGCAAAGCUCGUUGCAAACGAAAAAGAUCAACAAAAAAGCGCAGGUCGUCGAAGCCGUCUGAGUGUAUAGCGAAUUUUCCGACCUGGAAAGAGCUGGUACGUUGGGCUAGGGUUGAUGCUCAGUGUCUAGAAGAACGCUGCAAUAUUGGGUAUAGAGCUGCCCCUAUUCUUCGACUUGCUUUAAUGUUUGCCAAUGGGAAACUUGAUGAGGAUGAGAUCACCAAACUCGAACAGUCUUCCGACCCAACAGCCUUCCAAUCUUUGUAUCAAAAGUUGUUGGGAAUCAAAGGCUUUGGCCCCUUUGUACAUGGCAAGGGGAACUGCUCUAACAACACAAUUGCAAGAGAUGUUGAGGAAAUUUACGGCCAAUAUGAUCCAUUUCAAUGUUUGGCCUACUGGAUGGAACUGGUGGAGGAAUAUGAAAGCAAUCUGGGAAACUGA